AUGAAAAGAUUAUUCUCAGAGGAAUUGAUGUCGGAAUCCAUGGGCUCGCACCGUUAUUCUACGCCAACCCGUCCCCAUUCGACGGGUGUCCUAGCGGACGAGUGCACGCUGGAUUCUAUCGGUAGCAGCAUGCGAGUACUCAAAAGCCCCGCUCGUACCAGUGUAGGCCAGGUCAGCAAGCGCCGCAGGGAUGGCUGCCGCGUCUCCCGAGAGUCGCGGCGGCCGUCAGCGGCUUGCCACGUGAAGACUACAGUGGCCCAAUUCAUACCGGAGCGAAUUGCAGAUCUCAAAGUGAAUUCCAACGCCAAGCGAGACAGACCAGAUCCCCGGGAUCUCACGACACGUCCUGAAUUGCAAAGAUCGAUAUCAAACCCGGUGGCUGGGCCCAGCAAUGCAGCCCUGGAUAGCCCGGCCAUUCAAAGCUGUGGCAUUCAAAACCAGGCACUGGGCAUUCGUUCCCGGGAAUGUUAUCCAAUCAAAGACGAACUAACAGAUGGGAAUCCGAAGAUGGGAGAGCUAGGGGCAGAUUGGCUAAAACCCAAGAAAGAGGAAGACCUUCCAGAACCAACACUUGAAAUGUUUAGGCAACCCGACACCCACCCGAUCACCGAAGACCAAUUGAUCAAAGAAGUGCGUGGGAUCUACACGGGUCUGGUGAUGGUGGAAAAAAAGUGCAUGGAGCUCGAUAAGCAACAGGCGGAAUCGAGGGCAGAGCUAUUAAACAGUCAAUGGCAGGUCCUCGUCUCGGUGCACAGAACACUUCUCUACGAGCAUCACGACUUCUUUCUUGCAUCUCAACACCCGUCGGCCGGUCCAGUCUUGAAGAAUUUAGCCGAGAAAUAUGCUAUGCCAGCGCGCAUGUGGAAAUACGCAAUUCACUCAUUCCUGGAGCUGUUGCGCCAGAAACUCCCAGGCUCAGUGGAGUACAUGCUUGAUUUCAUCUACCUCUCAUAUUCAAUGAUGACACUGCUGCUGGAAAGUGUGCCUGGAUUCAAAGAGACUUGGAUUGAAUGUCUGGGUGAUUUGGCACGCUAUCGAAUGGCCGUAGAAGAAUUUGAUAAAAAGGAUCGGGACCUUUGGGCUGGCGUCUCCAGAUACUGGUAUAACCAAGAUGCGAAUCGCAGUCCGGAGAAUGGGCGCAUCCAGCACCACUUGGCGGUUUUGUCCCGUCCUGAUAUUCUGCAACAGUUCUUUCACUACACGAAAGCACUCAUCAGCGUGCGCCCAUUCCCCAAUGCGCGAGACAGCAUCGUCCAGCUGUUGGCUCCGCUCAUGAACACACCGACUGCGAGAUUGAACCUGACGACUCUGUUUGUGACUGCUCAUGGUGCCCUUCUCAUGCAAAAACCGGCAGGGGCGUUCGCAGCUCGUGCAUACCAGUUCCUGGUGACGCUACGGAGAGAUAUAGUGACCUUGCUAGGUCAACAAAAACAGAUUGGUGUUCAGAUUACAUCUUGCAAUAUCGCGGCGAUAUUUCAGUAUGGGAACACGGGUGGGGUUAUGGAAACGGAAUUCACUUUAAAGGAACGCCCAGCUACAGCAGAAGAGCGCAUGUCGGCAAUGCAGUGGGCAUCCAGCGCAUCACCUUCCAUCGCUUCUUGCAACGAUAUAUCAUCACAGCUGGUUUUCCAAGCGAGCUCGCUCGCAUUUCAUACUUUGAUAGUCAUGCUCGACCAAACAGGGGAUCAGAACAUGUAUCCGAGCGUGCAUAUCUCAAUGGCGUUUAUAUGGUGUCUCACUCUGAACCCGUCUGCCAUACAACGAGUUGAGCCAUUGGUUCCUUGGGCAAAGGUGGCAGCGUACUUGAACGGGUUGUUCGAGCCCGACAUCAUCAUCAAUAAGAUCGAAAACGAACAAUUUCCACUCUUCGACGACACACCCGCCAAUCAAUUACCGGAGGACUUUUUGAUCAAAGGACAGGCUUGGAGCCGGUUAUAUUACCCAGAAAGAUUUUUCGAGGAUGCUCCCUCUGAGGACGACAGACCAACUAUUGAAGAUUCCUCUAUUGUAAUUCCCAGAAGACACAGAUGUCUUUGGCUUGGAGUUAGGAUUGCAACUGUUUGUCUUGCCCUGUCACUCAUUCAUUCAAAUCAACUGAUAUUUGGCCAGUUCGCUCGUUGGAUAACAUACGACCAGACACGAAGAUUCGGUGUUACGCAGCUAGCAGCUUCGUACACACAGACUGCGGAAAACACCGCUCAUCUUGAUGGUUGUAUCUAUCCGUUUUCACCAAGAGCCCAAUCACAGCAUGACCAGCAGAUGCAAGACGUUUGA